GGAAUAUAGUAACUGUGAGCCUAUAAAGUUUUUAAUUGGUUUUGCUGGGAUUUAUUUAUAUUAACAUAUAUGGCCAAUGUUUCUAUGUAAUAAUGGACGUUUUAUUCAAUAUUAAAAGAAUUAAAAUGGUCUUUCUGUGUUUAUCAUUUUUCGUUUUAAAGUUCUCUAAAUCGCAUUUUUGCCCGGAAAAUAUUUGCAAACUUUGCUGUAAACCCACUCAAAGCGGUUGUGUGAAUGGGUUCGUCCAAAACUAUAAUCAAGCACUAACUAGUGUCAGUUUAGCGUGCCAAGAUUGUAACUGUUCGAAUCCACAAAUAGGAUGUGGUUGGGCCGGUAGAAGGUUCAAAAGAGUGGAAUGUAACUCUUGCAGUACUUUAAACUCUCUAAUUGAAAUAAAUCCCGAGUUACCUGUGGCUGGAUGUGGAAAAUCAAUUAUUGAAGGAGCAUUGGUUUAUACGUCCUAG